AUGGGAUUUGGCAUGUAUGUAAUUGUUUCAUUUUUUGAACUAAUAGAUGAUGUCAUCAGAUUCUAUUCCGUCGGCAAUGCCUCCAAACAAAGAGUGUUGAAAAGAAGAAGAGGAGUUGGGAAGGAGGCAACAGAAAAUUGUGAAGAGACAGUUGAAGAACAGAAAGAGGGAAUGAUAUUUGAUACAUCCGAGGAAGCUUAUUCGUACUACUCAAGAUUUGCUAAAGAAAAAGGAUUUGCUGUGGCAAAAAGAACAUCGAGAAAGGGAAAAGAUGGAAAGUUGAAGGAUGUAACUAUAGCAUGCAAUCGUGCUGGAAAGGCAAGGGUGACAACAAGCAACCCGGUCAAACCACGACCACAAUCAAAAAUUAAUUGUCCAGCUCAUGUUACCGUUGUGUUGCACCCGAAUGGAAAGUGGAGGUUAAACCGAGUUGCUUUAGUUCACAAUCAUGACCAGAGUCCGGAAAAGGCAAGGUAUUUGAAGAGCAAUAGGGUACUUGAUGAACACGUGAAAAGAAGACUGGAAUUGAAUGAUAAAGCUAGGAUUAAUUUGAACCAGACUUAUGCCUCACUUCAGAUUGAGGCUGGGGGACCUGGUAAGCUUCCAUAUAUCCAAAAAGAUUGCCGAAAUCAUGUGGAUAAAGUGCGACGUUCACUACUUGUGGAAGGAGAUGCUGAGGCGAUGCAUAAUUAUUUCAUGAAGAUGAAAGCCGACAAUUCUGACUUCUUUUUUGCAAUGGAUUUGGAUGAUGAGGGUCGACUGAGGAAUGUAUUCUGGGUUGAUGCAAGGAGUAGGGCAGCUUGUAAGGAGUUCGGUGAUGUUGUGACCUUUGACACAACUUACUUGGUAAACAGGCAUGACAUGCCUUUUGCUCCUUUUGUAGGCGUGAAUCAUCAUGGUCAGUCUGUUUUAUUAGGAUGUGGGCUCAUCUCUCAUGAAGACACAAAGUCAUUUUCGUGGUUAUUUCAAACUUGGAAGACAUGCAUGUGGGGUUGUGCUCCGAAAGCAAUUAUUAUCGACCAAUGUAUGGCCAUGAAAAAUGCUAUAGAAGAUAUAUUCCCUAACACCUGA